AUUCUUCUAUGGACAAAAUGACAAGAAGACCACCAGAAACCCGUAUGGCACGAUUAAAAUUCUUAUUAAUCGCUCUCUAGACAAUGCAAUAAGCUCAGUCCCUGCCCGAUCAUGUUCCUUCUUGUGCACAAGGCUGCUUCCCCAUUAAUACUGUGUUUUAAUGCAUUACAAACGAAAAGUUGCAGUUUUUCUGUAUACAUAUUUUAUUUAAAGCAAACAGACCUUUGUAUAACUUCGCAGUACACAUGUCUUUGUAUUAUUCAGUAAACAGAGAACUAGACACCCUCUUGGAUAGACGAUACCGUUCCUCCACUCAGCACUCAGUAGACUCAGGAGUCUGAACCACAACUUCGAAGCCCUCUUUAUGUUAGCAUAUUUCCAACGCAACUCACCUUCUCUUCGGAGACUCCGUCCAACCAAGCAUUCGAGCUUAAAUAUCCACAUAAUAUUGAACAUUUGACACAAAAACAAACAACCCACUCCCUCCAUCCAUGGCUUUGCUCACCUCUCCACCGUCAAACCCCAAAACCAACAUUUUUGUUCCCCUCCGACCCUUAACUCACCAGCACAGAGGGAAUGUAGCUCCUCUCCGGCCAGUAUCCCACCUUUCUAUUUUUCCAAUGUUCGGUAUAAUUAAUGAGUCAAAGCCUGAAAAACUUUUGAGAUAUACUAACCUUUUAAGGUAUUUUCAAGCAAAUAAAAACAAAAUAAUUUGGCCAGUUACUAAUGCAGCAUUUACUGGGGGUGCAGAGCCAGUAAAUGGGAAGAGAAUUUUAUUGUCGGACGUGGUGGUGACGCGGCCAAGGAGAGUUUUUUCUGGGAGGAAAUGGAAUUCUAUGGAUAUAGGCACCGCUGGUGUUGUCUUAGCAAUUCAUUUGCUUAGCCUUUUUGCACCGUUUCAUUGUAAUUGGGCUGCGUUUUGGGUGGCGUUCACGCUCUACAUUGUGACAGGUCUAUUUGGUAUCACUCUGUCUUUUCAUAGAAAUCUUUCUCACCGCAGUUUUAAGCUCCCCAAAUGGCUCGAGUACUUGUUCGCUUAUUGUGGAGCUUUAGCUCUUCAGGGGAAUCCAAUAGAUUGGGUGAGCACACAUAGGUACCACCAUCAGUUUUGUGAUUCCGAGAGAGACCCACAUUGCCCAAAUGAAGGUUUUUGGUUUAGUCACAUGAGUUGGCUACUUGAUACCAACACUGUAGCUCAAAAGUGUGGGGGUCCAAACAAUGUUUCAGAUUUAAAAAAGCAGGCUUUUUAUAAGUUCCUUCAAAGUACUUACAUUCUUCACCCAAUUGCAUUUGGAGUUCUGCUAUAUGCACUUGGAGGAUUUCCUUUCCUGGUGUGGGGAAUGGGUGUGAGGGUUGUAUGGGUAUACCAUAUUACUUGGCUAGUUAACUCGGCUUGUCAUGUGUGGGGGAAUCAAGCAUGGAAGACUGGUGAUUUGUCAAGGAACAAUUGGUGGGUGGCAUUGCUAGGAUUUGGGGAAGGUUGGCACAACAAUCACCAUGCUUUCGAGUACUCAGCAAGGCAUGGGUUAGAGUGGUGGCAACUUGACACGACUUGGUAUGUGGUGAGACUUCUCCAGGCCAUUGGAUUGGCUACUGAAGUGAAAGUACCAAAUGAAACUCAGAAGCAAAGAAUGGCUCUCGUCAACUAACCAUAGUAGACUUACCUUAUCUCUUUCAACAAAUCAUAGAGCCUUGUUCUCUAUUUUUGUCUGUGAUGAAGAGGGUAUGCGGCGGAUAAGAGAAAUCACGGUGCACCGUACAAAGGUUGAUUGUGGCUUAGUCUAGUGCGAAUGGUCCUUCAUUGGUCUCAAGCGUUAAGGAAUGUGGUCCUCAUUUGGAUACAUAACACCAAAAAAAUGUUGAAAAACUGGUUGAAAUAAUUGAGAAGGGGUUCUAGCAAAAAAAUUCUGCUAAAUUUUGUUUGGCAAUUUAAUUUUUUAUGAUAAAAUUAUGUAAUUUUAAAAUCGGUAGUGAUUAAUUCUUUUCUAUUAAUUUUUUUAAUAAAAUUCUGAUAGCACGCAGUCCCCAAUUUUUCCAAAAUGUAUCAAUAAACUCCCCAAUUUAAAUUUUGGAGCACGUGAGUCCCCAAAUACUACUAAUUGUUAUACAGUAAU